AUUUAUCGCUGCGAUAAAUAUCAGAAAAUUAAGAUGAUUGACAAUAAAAAAAUUGCUCUGAACGGGGACUCUGAACUGAGAAACCUGAACUUGGAAGAUCAGGUUGGCUUUCACAGUCUGCCGGAUCAGUUAGUGAACAAGUCUGUGGCCGAUGGGUUCUGUUUCAACAUUUUGUGUGUUGGAGAAACAGGUAUAGGCAAAUCAACCCUGAUGAACACGCUAUUCAACACUAACUUCGAUUCAACGCCGGCCACACACGAUCUGCCUGAUGUCAAACUUUGCUCUCACACUUAUGAGUUGAAGGAGGGCAACGUGAGGCUGAAGUUAACAGUUGUGGAUACUGUUGGAUUCGGAGACCAGAUUGACAAAACUGAUAGCUACAAAUCCAUAGUGGACUACAUCGAUGACCAGUUCGAGGCUUACCUACAGGAAGAGCUAAAGGUCAAGAGGUCACUGCACAGCUACCACGACACUCGCAUCCAUGCCUGCCUCUACUUCAUUGCACCAACCGGACACACAUUGAAAGCGCUUGACCUAGUUACGAUGAAGCAGUUAGACAGCAAGGUGAACAUCAUACCUGUCAUCGGGAAGGCAGACACCAUCACCAAGGCUGAACUGCAAAGGUUCAAGGCCAAGAUCAUGAGUGAAUUGACAAGCAAUGGCGUUCAGUUGUAUCAAUUCCCCACCGAUGAUGAAACUGUUGCCGACAACAACGCCAAUAUGAAUGGCCAACUACCAUUUGCUGUUGUUGGAUCGAUGGAUGAAAUCAAGGUCGGGCCGAAGAUGGUCAGAGCCAGGCAGUACCCUUGGGGAACAGUUCAAGUGGAGAACGAGAAUCACUGUGACUUCGUGAAGCUGCGUGAGAUGCUGCUGAGGCAGAACAUGGAGGACUUGAGAGAGACGACGCACUUCAAACAUUACGAGGUCUACAGGAGGGCCAAGUUGACCCAGAUGGGGUUCAAUGAUAAUCAAGCCCUUAGCCUGCAAGAGACGUACGAGCAGAAGCGCCAGGAACACGUGAUGGAGCUGCAGAGGAAGGAGGACGAGAUGAGGCAGAUGUUCGUCGUCAGGGUCAAGGAGAAGGAGGCCGAACUGAAGGAAGCUGAGAAGGAGUUGCAAAUGAAGUUUGAAAACCUGAAGAACCAGCACACGACGGAGAAGAGAAAGUUGGAAGAUAAGAAGAAGAUGCUGGAAGAUGAAAUGAUGACGUUUCAGAGGAGGAAAGCCGCCGCGCUUGCUGCUGCUACUAAUAAUAGCAACGCUGCCGGAAAGAAGAAGAAAUAAAUGAAUGAAUGUGAUUGGUCGGUUGUCAGAGAUGGUUAAUUGUGAUUGGUUGAUUGCUGAUUGUCAGUUCUCUAGUUAUAGGAUUGGAACUACUCGAUUUUGAUUGGUCGCUUGUUGGAGUUGGUUGGUUUUGAUUGGCCAGGAAGUGGGAUUGCUCGGCUGUUAGAUUGUUAAUUAGUUUUGGCUGUGGAAUGGAUUGGUUCGAUGGUUUGGAAUUAAAAACCUCCGAAUGUUACAUCACUUCUUCAUCUUGUUUAUAUUCCCCUCUGUUGGACUUCAUCAGUUGAUCAAAAGAUUCAGUCAAAACCUUGUUAAAUCAUUUGUCUCUCAGCGUUUCAGUUAUUAUUUAACUAAUAUUUGCUCUAUUGUUUGAUAGAUUCGUUCACUCUAUCAGUUUUAAUUUCUUCAUUCAUUCGUUCGUUCGUUCGUUCACUCAUUAUUUUUUUACAUUUAUUUCUUUGUUUUUUCAUUAAUUAAUUUGCACAUGUACUUGGCUAACUUCAUUCAUUUAUUCAUUCACUCAUUCAUUCAUUCAUUUAUUCACUCA